AUGGAGCCUAUCGCCGACAAUCAACAAGGUCAGGACGACCGUGAGCCCUAUCGCACAAUCAAUCGUCUAGUUCGAGAAACCCAGGAAAUGCUAGCGUCAAUAGACGAUGACGAAGAUGAAGAGGAGAACUUUGCACAAGUCAUGAAACGCAAUCAGCUCGAAAAGCGUUUGAGCCAUCUGAAACGUUGUGAUAAGCAACACAGGGUAGCAGAACGUGCACAGAGGCUAUCGAGAACUAUUGGAGAAAAGCUGCAGGGACGAUCGGCAAGCACACUUCCACCGCUCAUUCACACCUCGGCAGCGCAAUACAUGGAAUGGUUGGAGAAACCAAAAUUCACGUUCAAGGACCAGCCUGAUUUCUCGGUCGAAGAGACGGGUAUACCCCAACUCCGCAGAGAGCUCCUUGCUCUCACAGCACCUCAGAACAUGCAAGACUAUGAAAAUCACGUCUUCAUCACAGCGCCAGCCGUGAUUGAGAAGAUUAUACGAACAGUCCGAGAAGAUAUCCAUGAGGGUGGGUUCGUCACGAUCGCCGACGCGUUCGAGGUAGUAGGACAAAAGUUUAUGGUACCUUGGAAAACUGGAGUGGUGGGAGUCUUCCGCGACUCGUCAGACAAGAGCAUGAAAAAGCUAAGAGCAGACAUACCCGCUCUUCAGAAUCGCGUCAACAUGAAGGUGGAAGAGUGGUGCAAGUUGAAAUUUGCCGCCUUCAACAGAGCCAUGAAAGGAAAAGGUGUCCUUCCAGACGGGAAGUCGUACGCCAAAAGCCCUCAGAAUGGUCGCAACUUGGACAAAGAGCUUUCAGAUAUCCUGACUCCGGGUAUCUCUAAGUGGGCGAAUACUCAUGCUUCCUUUAUGGCACAUAUGGAAGAAGCAUUUUGCAAAGCUAUCGACCAACUCCAUCGGCGCGUAAUCAACGAACUCGACGAUGCUGGUGGCAACAUGGUCACAGUGGAAAAGGCUAAGACUAAGUGGCACAACGACAAGAACAGCUAUCCGGAAAAGAUCAAAACCGAUAUGAUGGUGCUGGUGACUGAUGUUCAGCGACUGACGAAGCGCGCUUCAGACUGGGCUAUCAUGAAAGAUGGCAGAGAGAACAACCUUGUUGGCUCUAUCACCAAUGAAUGGUAUGACGACAUUCAUGACGCCGCGCCAAAAUUGAAGCCACCGGUUCCAGGAAGGAAGCAGAAGAAGGUUUACGAAAAGCCGGGUCGAUUUCAGUUCCAGAAGAACCGUAUGAAGUCACACUUCUCUGGUUCGAAAGUCCAAUUCGUUGAGCACGCCUUUCAGAAGCUUCAGGCAAAAUUCGAUAGAGACACCGAAGCUCUGGUCGACAAACACUUUGAGAUAAUCAACGACAUACUAUCAGAAUUUGCUGAACACCUUCGAGGUCGGAAAAUGCUCGACUAUCAAAUCAGCGAGCAUGGACGAGCUAUCCGCGCCGAUCUGAAAGAGCUACUCCCACACCUCCAGGACGAACUUCAUCAGAUACAGAGCCUCUUUCCACAGCGCGUGAAGGAAGAAGAUGGCGCUUCGCCAUCCAAGUUCGCCAACUACGCCGACUUGAAUGUGGAUGACGCGACCUUCCCCGAGAUCUACGAUAGGGUGAUGAAGAUGAAGAAGCCCGCUCAAGCUCCGAAGCGCAGCACGAAACGCGACGAUGAUUCCAAGACGAAGCGCAUGAGAAUCGAGCAGUCUUGA